CAACAUUUUCUUGCACGUCCAUUGUAUAUUUGCAGUACCAUAUUAAUAUACAUUCCGAUUGAGAUCACAUUCCUUACUCUCCAUCUCUCAAAGCAUCCAUGAUCAAUACUCAUUAACAUGAACAAUAACAGAUUCAGCAGCACCCAUUUUGCUACAGAACUGAAGAUCAACUCAUCCAUGGCUAAAGAUCUCAAGAUCACUGCUAAGCUACGGCGCACGGCUAUAAGGAAACGAGUGAUGUCGGUCCCGAUCAAGGACAUCCAGCGGCUGCGGCUCAAAGGCGACCACGCCAGCGCUCCGCCCUCGGAUUCGUGGGCGUGGCGGAAAUACGGCCAAAAGCCGAUCAAAGGCUCCCCAUAUCCCAGGGGCUAUUACAGAUGCAGCAGCUCCAAGGGCUGCCCUGCGAGGAAACAGGUGGAGAGAAGCAGCGCAGAUCCAAACAUGCUGAUCGUCACCUACUCCUGCGACCACACCCAUCCGCCGCCAUCCUCUCGCAGCAUCCACCACCGCGAUGCGCCAAUUUCAAUUUCUGAAGAGGAGGAGGAUGAAUUGGGGGAAAACGAAAAUUCGAUGGAUCUAGGUCAUAGUAAUCAGUUUCACGAGUUCAAUUUGGAGAAUCGAUUUGGGGAGAAUUUGAUUCAUGGCGGUGAAUUUGGUUGGUUGACCGAUUUCGAGUCGAGAUCUGAUAGGAUUCUCGAGACUCCGAUUCUGAUGGAGGAGAGAGGGAAUACGGAGAAAGAAAUGGCUGUAAUUUUCGGCCUGAGAGAGGAGGAGGAAGAAGAGGAUCUGUUUGCGGGGCUCGGGGAGCUGCCGGAGUGCUCGACGGUGUUCCGCCAUGGGAUGGCGGAGCUGCGGCGGCGGAGAUUGGCGACCACCGGUUGUGCGGGGCCUUAGAUAGUGGAUUUGUCAACUUCAUUCAUUUAAAGAAUUAUUUUUAUUUAAUUAUGAUUUCUAAAGUUGAAAACUUAUUUAGAUUGAUUAUACGGCGUAUUUUUAUUUUAUUUUGUUAUAAAGUUGAAAAGUUAAAUUUGUAGUUAGUGUCUUAGCACCUUGUUUUAGAUCCAAUGGAUACUGACUGUAUCUGUAAUUUUAUUUUAUAAAAUGAUUUUUGGUAUUA